GGCAGCUCGACAGACUGCAUCUCCCUCUGCCACCCGCCCCGGGGCUCUGCGAUUUCACACUCGGGCGGCCGCUCUGCGCUGAGCCAUGCAGGAGCGCUCGGCCAUGGCCUCCCCGGGAAAAGCAGACGGCGGUGCCUCCUGCCUCUCCUCCCAGUGCUUCGACCCCCUAACCAGGUCCUGCGUGAUGUGCUCCGAGCUGUUCGGGGACAACACAACAGAUCCCGCCCUUGGAGCGCCCAGCUCGGACACACUGCCCACCGUCCCCUCCAUGGACCUGCCCAGCAGUCUCCUGAUCUUCGGGGUCCCUGUGCUGGUGGGGCUCCUCCUGGCCCUGGCUGCCCUCUGGGGAUUCCUUGCCUGCAAGUUGGGGAAGCGGAGGAGGAAGAGGAGGAAGGCGGAGCAGGAGGCUGAAGAAAGCCACGGCGAUGCCGGCCCCUUGCCCAGCUCCGGCUGCUUGGAUGUCAGUACUCCAGAGGGGAGUGCCGACCCAGCACAGGGACACUGCCCACACCGCAACGGAGGUAUGAGGAUGCCCAGGAGGGAUGGAGCAAAGCAGUGGCCAUGCUGCCAGGGUGAUGCCAAGGGUGACGUGGUGCUGCUGGCCACUACCUGGCCCCACCAUAAGGAGCACGGCCACAGCUUCCCACUGCCGGCCACUGAGCUGGGAGCCACUGCCUUGGUCACCACCAAAACCACCCAGGAGUGUAUGGGUGAGGAGAGACUGUAAUGGCCGGGAAACAGGGCUAGGGCUCUCCCUGCAGACAGCCAUAGCCCUUCCCUAAGGGGCAAAGCCUUGCACAGACAUGAGCUGCAUCAGAACCGGGUUUUGCAUUUUACGUUUCCCCAUUUGUAUGGAGUCCCAGCCAUGCCUGCAGUCACUGGAGGAAGCCCAAGGAUUCAUGCUGUGUCACCGAUAGCUGCUGAGAUAUAGAACUGGGGAGUCCAGAUGGGUCUGCUGCUGCUGAAUGGGGCACUUCUAGGGACACGGGGCUGGAAGACCAGCAAGAGGGGAAGCAGGGAGUUCCUUUAGGACCAAACCGCAUCAACAUUAGCUCAAUUAUUGCUACUGACCAAUGGCUUGGGGCCUCAUGGAGAAAAGCUCAUCCAGCAUCUGCUCUAUGCACAGUCCUGCUUCUCCUGUCCCCUGCAUGCUGUGACAUCCACGUCCCUGCUCCCUUUGGGCACUGUUGUUUGGUGGCAGGCGCCCAUGGGCAGUUGUGGGAACUCCCUCUGCAUCUUGAAUGCCCAGGGAAUGGGAAACAAUUCGCCUUUUUGAGCAGGAAGCAAGGGAAAGAAUCAGGGAAAUCUGUCUUUGCUCUGAGCUAUGGUAACUGAAGUCAGCGAGAACCAGAGGCAGGCAAUGGAGACUGCUGGUUGGGAGGAGCACUGGCUGCAGGAGCUUGUCAUGAUGGCCCCAGACAACCAUCGCUUCAGCUCACGGUGGCUGCAAAAAUACUGCAUGUCACUUGUGGUGACAGGACUCACAGUGAUGGAUGUACCCGUGCUGCACACAACCAGGCAGGGAGUGAUGCAAGCGUGGGAGGGAUGACUUAAUUUAUGUGUGUGUCUUCAGGGGCUUGCUGUGCGUGAGAAUUGACCAGCAGCGCCAGUCCAAGGCAGCUCAAUGGCCAUGCUCACACGUAAGCCAAUGGCUCACCUGUGCGAGAAGCUUUGGGAAUGAAGCCAUUAGUGAAGGUUGUGCUCCCUCCUGAGAUCUCAGCUUUGCUCCUCAUCUGCCACCUAUUCUGGCUUCCUAUGUCACCACCACCAAUGUCACCACCACACCCCAGCUAGAGCGUUCUCCUCCCUCUCACAGCCUUCAGAAGAUGGAGGAUGCUGCUAUGCUCACCUAAUGGCCAUGGAGGUCCAAGGAUUGUGGUAGGAUUGACCAGUGACACUGUGUCUGGUGGCAUUGCCUCUGCAGGACCAUGCAGUCUUGUUAGAGGGUGCCUCCCUCCUCUCCUUGCCAUGGACGCCAAGAUGACUUUGCUGCCUUCACCCCAACAGGGAACCAUUUGGGCAUAUGAGCCUACAAUCUUCACCACACGUCCUCUUUCAGGCCUAAACUCGCUGCCUGGGAUGAGCCUUGCUUCAGAUAGUGCCUAACACAGCUCAAGACGUGAUGCAUCCCCAUUGCUGGGGAUGCAGUCUCUUCACAUCUUAUUGGAUGGAUGUGCUUUGACAUCAAGUCCAGCGCUGGGGACAUUCAGAACACCUCUAGGGAUGGUGACUCCACCACCUCCCUGGUUGUAAGAGAAGGACCAUUGGGAGGCAGGACAACCUGCUUCAUGGACAGCGGGGCUGGGAGGCGAAGGGAGCAGUGCUGCUGCAUCUCCCCUUCCAUUUUCUAUGGCUGUGACAUGUGGGUGUGGUGCAGACCCCACACCAGAAGAUAAACUCCUGUAAUAAUCUCGUUGAAAAAAAAAAAAGCCCGCUUUCUGCUCA